AUGUUGUCAGCGCUGCUGGGACGCAGAACGAUGUUGGCCGGCUUCGCCGGCCUCCGGGGCUGGCGGAAGCCCCUGCUGGCGCAGUUUUCGACCUACAGCGUGGCCUGGGCCACGCUGAACCAGAUCAAACGCGGUGUCGAGGCCCCUAAACGCAAGAAGGUAUCCGUGUCGCCGGACUUGGAGCGGUGCCCGAUCCGCAAGGGCGUGGUUCUGCGAGUCAUGGUGCUCAAGCCCAAAAAGCCCAAUUCAGCACAGCGGAAGGCCUGCAGAGUAAGGCUCACGAACGGGAACGUGAUUUCCGCAUACAUCCCCGGGGAGGGCCACAAUGCCCAGGAACACAGCAUUGUCUACGUUCGGGGCGGCCGUUGCCAGGACCUGCCCGGUGUCAAGUACCACCUGGUGCGCGGCGCCGGCGAUCUGGGCGGUGUCGUCAACAGAGUCACCUCCAGGUCCAAGUACGGCGUCAAAAAGCCCUCCAAAGACGCGUAA